AUGAACUCCUACACCCCACCCAAUCGAGGCCGACGAUCACAGGCUGCUCGAGGACAUGGACCACAUCGGGGCGGCCCUGGUGGUGGUCGUGGACGAGGAACCCGAGGCGGUCACCGAGGCGGCGGCUCAGCACCAUUCACCCCACUAUCAGACCCAUCUCGAGACCCGGCAUUGGCACCGCAACCAGCGGAACUCGGCUUCUUUCAGACCUCUUUCAUGGAAAACCCAUGGUUCGAGCUGGAGUCGAAGAUGGGUAUCCCGCAUCUCAAACCUGUCGUUCCAUCGCAGAACAAGCAGGGCACUGCUCGCUCCUUACCAGAGCCAAACAAUUCAGAAGCGGCUCAAGAGGCCGGACCUGCUUGA